AUGCCAAGUUCUGAAGAAUCAAAAAAUGAAAUUGGAUACGAUUUUAGUGACGUUAAGCUAAUUGAAGUAUUUGAAUACCCUAGUCAGGCAUCAAAAAUCAUUUGUAGUGUGAAUUCCAAUAAUAUUUUACAAAUAUCUUCACAAAUUAUAGAAUUCAUUGCAACUAACAAAAUAUCUAUCCAAACGUCACUUUACUUGAUUGACAUUAUUUCACAAAUUCGUGAGAAAAAUAUUAAAUUAUUAUCAGAACUUUACCAAAAGAUACUAAGCGAAUUUUCAGACAUCAUCAAACCUGAAAAUGAGAAAUUAGCGACUCUUCUUCAUUAUAAAGGUUUCAAAUUUGAAAACUUCAAACCUGAAAUGGAGGAAGAAGAAAUUCUGAAUUUAUUUUCAACAGAAACUCCUUUUUACUAUAUUGCAUGGGAUAAAGUUGAUGAUCUUAAGAGUAAGUUUCCAGAUCUUAAGAGUAAGUUUCCAGAUCUUAAUAUUGAAAAGGAAAUAGGCUAUGAUAUCACACCACUUGAUUGCGCAAUUAAAUACGGAUCAGAAUUGUGUUUCAAUUACAUGAAAAAUUUAGGAGCUCAAUACACUGAUAAUUCCGAAAAAUAUGCUGUUCAAGGCGGAAAUACAAACAUUUUUAUGCAAAUGAUAGAAGAUGGUAAAUCAUUUGAUAACAUGAUUAAUGCAGCAUUGGAUUAUCAUAAUUAUGAAAUUGCUGAGUACUUUAAAUCAAAUUUUGGACAAAAUUUUGAUUCAAUAGCAGAAAGUAUGUAUUUCGGAAAUUAUGAUGUUGCGUCUUAUUUACUUUCUAAUGGAGAAGAUAUCAACAAGACUUACAUAUAUUUUCUUUUCAUAUUUAUCAUUGUUUCAUAG